AAAAGUUUCUCCUAUGUGCAGACUGUGAGGAGCAGAUUUACCUACAAGUCAUUUUGUCGGUUUCCGUUUUCGGGAGGGUAAAAUGCAGCCACUGAUAGAACAGUGUCCGGCCGCAGAAAAGCAAGAGGAGUGCAACCGGGAGAAGGACUGUACGGUCCCAGCAGUGACAUGUACCGGAGAUGUGACCCUGCCCGGUGAAAACCCCAUCUGUACUGAAAGUGGGGAUCACAAAGACCUAAUGAGCUCGGAAAGUACUCCGCAGGAGAAGGACAGUGGCCUCAGGAUAACCAAAAAGUACUUGAGAGAACUGUGCAAGCAGCAGAAAUUGUAUGUCACACCAUAUCUCAACGACACCUUGUACCUACACUACAAAGGUUUUCUGCGUUUGGAAAAUCUGGAGGAAUACACAGGCCUGAAAUGCCUUUGGCUGGAAUGUAAUGGUCUGCAGAAGAUUGAGAAUCUGGAAGCGCAGACCGAACUACGUUGUCUUUUUUUACAUCAGAACCUCCUUCACCAAAUCGAGAAUCUUGAACACCUUCAAAAACUGGACUCCCUCAACCUGUCCAACAAUGACAUCAGAACUAUAGAAAACCUAUCUUGUCUUCCAGUUCUGAACACUCUACAGAUCUCUCACAAUCGGUUACAGACAGUAGAAGAUGUGCAGCACCUACAGCAGUGCCACAGCAUUAGCAUCCUUGAUGUAUCUCACAAUAAACUGGAUGAUCCUGCCGUAAUCGACAUCCUUGAGAAGAUGCCAAACUUGCAUGUAUUAAACCUGAUGGGAAAUGAACUCAUUAAGAAGAUUCCUAAUUACCGAAAGGUAGUCACAGUACGGUUAAAAGGGUUAACCUAUCUGGACGACAGACCAGUAUUUCCAAAAGACAGAGCAUGUGCAGAAGCCUGGUCCAGAGGAGGCAGAGAAGCUGAAGCAGAGGAGCGAGAUCGAUGGGAGACCAAAGAAAGGAAGAAAAUCCAAGACAGUAUUGACGCUUUAUCUGAAGUCCAAAGGCAAGCUGAAGAGAGAAAGCGCAGGAAGGAGAUGGAAAAAGAAGGAAAUCAGCCGACAGAUAACUCAACAAACCAUGAACUGGAGGAGAAACACUGCAGAAAUGAAGAGUCUCAAGAGAAGAUCCAGAGAUUCGUUGAGGAGACUUUAGAGGCUCAUGAAGAGUUGACCAAUGACAUAAACAGUGACUGUCCAAGAAGUUCGCGUAUACAGAUUCUGGAUGCUGAUGAGCCGAAGCAGGUUGAGAUAUCUCCUGGCGUGGAUGCUGAUCACCACACGUUUACAGAAAGAGACCACAAUGCUGGGAAUAAAGACAAAUUAUGGCGUGUGGAUACAGAUUCUAGAUGUCUCAUAAAUGACUCCAAGGAGGAGAUGAACAAGGAAGGUUCUCUGACCACCGGAUUGGUUGAUGCUGAAGAUCUAGAGAUUGUUCCUCUGAACACCACAGAAAAGCUGUAUAUUGAAGAUUUGCCAGAUUUAGAAGAUGUGGACCUUAAUGAGCUGCCCCCAGACAUGGAGGAGAACAUCCCUACUAAUAAGGUUUAUCGACCGAAGAUUGAAGUGAUAUCAGGGGACAGUGAUGAGAGUGACAGCGAGUGGGAGACAGAAGUGGCUGCAGGCCUGGGGGCCGAUGAAGAGCCUACACGCCAUCUACUAAGUGUAAUCUCUAACAAUGAUAAGGGAUUGUCAGAGUCUACGGCGUCCAAGCCUACAGGACCUCUCAUUCAGGAAAUAGCCGAUGGUCACAUGGAGGAAAACAGUCCACAUAGGAAUACCAGUCUGGAUUCAGUGGACGUAACACCGCGGGAGAACUGUAACAAUGUGGACAAGACUCCUGAAGACCCCUCAACUCUUGGGAAGAAGACUACAGAAGAUUGUAUAUAUGAUUUGGAUAAAAACCUUAAAAUUAAAUAAAUAAUUUUUUUUUUUUUUCUAUAUU